AUGCCGGGGAAGAUUAUCGCUAUCGGACGGAACUAUGUGAGCCACCUAGCGCAUUCGGCUUCACUGGUGGGCGGCGACAUAGAGCUGCCGAAGGUGCCGGAGCCGUUCUUCAAGACGCCUUCGUCGGUGGUGGGGCCCAACGACCCUAUCGUGAUUCCGCGAGAGGCGAUCGAAGAGGGUGUGCUGGUGGAGGAAGAGGCGGAGCUUACACUGGUUAUCGGUAAACAGUGCCGGCGGGCGACACAAGAGAAUGCGCUGGAUUUCGUGCUGGGUGUUACAUGCGGUAAUGAUGUGAGCGCGCGAAACUGGCAGCGCGGCGACCUGUCGUGGUGGCGGGCGAAGUCGAGCGAUACUUUCAGCCCGAUAGGGCCUUAUAUCGUGACGGGGCUUGAUCCGGACAACCUGCUGCUGACGGGGCGGAUAAACGGCGAGGUUAUUCAGCAGUCGGGUACGGAUGACCUGGCGCACAACUGCCGACGCAUCAUCGAGUUCGUGAGCAGCGUGCUUACUCUGGAGCCGGGCGAUGUGAUUAUGACUGGGACGCCGGGCGAGCCGGGCGAGAUUAAGCGCGGCGAUGUGGUGGAGGUCGAGCUUGAGGGCGUUGGUGUGCUGAGCAACCCGGUGAUUGCAGAGGAGUAG